AUGACCCUAAGCUUUUUUGAUCAGUUUGCAAUUCCCAAUAUGCUAGGAGUCCCCCUUAUUAUCCCAGCUUUAUUCUUUCCAUUAAUUAUUUGAUUUCCAACCAGCCGCCUUAUUCAAAACCGCUACUCAACCAUUCAAUCCUCACUCAUUAUUAAUGCAACAAAACAAAUAAUACUACCUGUUAAUAUUGCAGGACAUAAAUGAGCAAGUACUUUUAUAGCACUAUUACUAAUACUAAUACUAUUUAAUACCCUAGGACUAUUACCUUAUACUUUUACCCCAACCACCCAACUUUCAAUAAAUAUAGCUCUCGCCAUUCCAACCUGACUAAUAACAGUCUUAAUUGGCCUACGAAAUCAACCAACAGCUUCACUGGGCCACCUUCUCCCAGAAGGCACACCAACACCAUUAAUUCCCAUAUUAGUAGUAAUCGAGACUGUUAGUUUAUUUAUUCGUCCAAUUGCAUUAGGCGUACGCUUAACAGCCAACCUAACAGCCGGACAUUUAUUGAUUCAGCUUACUUCAACAGCAGUAUUAGCCCUUAUUAGUACUAUAACUCUAACUGCAUCAAUAACUCUUAUUGUCUUAAUUCUAUUAACCUGCUUAGAAAUAGCUGUUGCCUUAAUUCAAGCAUAUGUCUUCGUACUACUUCUAACCCUUUAUUUACAAGAAAAUAUC